UAUGAUAUUCGUGAGAUUCCGGGACGAAUCGCUUCGGUUGAACUGGAAAAUUUCAUGUGUCAUGAAAAUUUAAAAAUUGAUUUUGAUUUGGCCAAAAAUAAUUGUUUCUUUAUCGGUGGUUGUAAUGGAUCUGGAAAAAGUGCCUUAUUUGCUUCCCUUAAUCUUGGUCUUGGUGGUAAAGGAAGUAGUAAUGAUCGUGGUAAUUCCGUCAAAAAUUAUAUAAAAUUCGGAGAAAGUCGUUCGAAGAUACGAAUAUUGUUAACGAAUUCUGGUUAUGGAAAUCAUCCUGAUUAUGGUGAAAAAAUAGCAAUCGAAAGAAUAAUUUCCAGUCGCAACCAAUCGUCUUAUCUCAUUAAAUCAGUUUUUCAAGAAGGGCGAACUUUUCGCGAAAAAUUAGUCAGUACUCGAAAAUCCGAUCUAGACCAGUUAUUAUCACGGUUCGGAAUUCAGCUUAACAAUCCAGUAUUCUGGAUGUCACAAGAUCGCAGUCGUGCUUUUCUUCAAGAUUUUAAGCCAGACAAAAUUUACAAGUUAUUCGUUAUAGCAACAGGAUUAGAUUGUACACGUAAAUGUUACGAUACAGUAGCUUCUUAUUUGCUUGAUAUGGAAAAUAUUCAAGAUUCGAUACAUGAAAUACUUGUGGAAAAAAAAACGUGA